AGUGUCUCCGCCCCCUCCCCCCGCCGCUGUGGAUGGACGGAACAUUCCUCUUAUUCCUGGGGCUCGGUAGCUGCUGCGGAGGAACGCGGCGGAGAAACGAAAGGAAAGGAUCCGAGGACACGACGCUUUCGAACCCCUCAUGACUCUGUCGAAGGACACGUAAGGUUGUUUACUCUUUCUUCUUAUUCAUUCGUUUGAAAUGUCGUCAACUUUUCACGUCUAACCCGGUCGAAAAAAGGGGGGAGAGUGUCUCUCAGCUGAAGUCCGGGGACCGUUCAGGGGUUAGGGCUUGUUCUUCUUUAGGGGUCCUGAGUGAAAUAAGUGAAGAAGAGAUGAAGCUGUUGUCUUCAUUUUCCUUGAGUUGUAAAGUCAUCUGUGUGAUAAAGUUUGUAACCUUUAAAUUUACUUAUUAAUGGUGUUAAAAUCUCUUGAAGCAUCAUUGAAUGCUUUCUUUUCGGGGGUCUCACUCUCACCAAAUGGGAAUUCAUGUCUUAUUUACAAGUUUCUCAGAGGAGAGGUGAGGAGAAGCUGAGGAACCCGCUCCUGUAUGGAUGAGUAAAGUCUCACAGUCUGCAGGGGUGUCUCACUGUGACUCAUAACACUUGUAAUGUUCACUUUACAAGAGUCUAAGAUGGACAAACCCAAAUGUUCAACCCUGGAAACUGCUUCCCUUUGAGUCCUAAUGGUUGGGAGGUCUGUUUUAGUGCUGCUGAUCAAUUGGAAGUGAAUGGGAAUUAGCCAUGUUUGCUAGGUUUGUGCUGUUACAUAAACUGGAUGUGAGGUUUAGUACUGAGCAGCCCUGAUGUGGAGCCUGACUGUGCUUCACUGUUGCCUCUGAGCGACUCUUAUCAAAGAUGUUUUCCUGCUUUAUGAUUUGAAUUAAGCCCACAGAUCCUCUCUAAAACAGGUGCUUAUCUCUGGGAACUGAAAUUAAAACUAAAUUUAUCAAUAUUUCAUCAAAGAAGUUAUGAAAAAUAUGUAAAACAUCUCAUAUUAAUAGUAUCAGACUAAUGACAGUAGAUGCUAAUAAUUACAGAGCAGAUCAGCCAAUUGCAGACAUGUAAUGUUGAUAUCAUGUUGCUGAUUUUUGUGUUGGAUAACACUCAAUUUCAUAACAACCAAUUAGGAGUAAGUCAUGUGUAACUCCAGUAUUACAUGUAUGCUAUUAAACAAUGUAAUAAGCAUGGUUAGCUAAGACAGGAUCAAGUUGAAGAUGGAUUUUUGGUGAAUGAAUGAAGGAGAAAAGCAUUUACAAGUCUACAUGUCUUAUUCUGCACAUAAAAACAGAGUUUGUACUAAACAGUAGAGGUCUACAGAUUAGUCAGUUAGCUGAUUAAUUAGGCUGAUUAAGUCAUUUUUAGUAACCUGUCAUAUUGGCAUCAGGUGUCUGCACAGACAUCUGAAAUCUUCACUUAUGUUCAGUGUCUUUGCUUCUCAUUUUUUGUCAAAUGCAAAAAAAAGAAGCAGAAGAAUAAAGUGGUUUCAGUGUUGGAUAUUAACCUAUCAUCAAGUUACCUGCUCUCUUAUUAUCGGCAUCAGCUAAUGGAAAUAUGUAAUCGGUCAACCACGAUUAAACACAAGGCAGUGAUUGUUCAGGAUUUGAUCAUGCUGUUCAUUUUUUAAUUUCCCUCUAGGAUUAGUAUCUAUCUACCUACCUACCUACCUACCUACCUACCUACCUACGUAUCUAUCUAUCUAUCUACGUAUCUAUCUAUCUAUCUAUCUAUCUAUCUAUCUAUCUCUCUCUCUUGGCUGUGAAAGCAGUAAAGGAUGAUGGUAACUGAUCAAAUGUAGGCAUCAGAGUUAUGGUAAAAGCUUUUACCACGCUCCUAAAACUGUUCCAAAGCAUAUUUUUAUGUUUAUUUGAGGUUGUUCACAGACUCGGUUAUGAGCCAAUAAAGCAAAUAAUAACAUUAAAAAACAAAAACUGAAGUCUCUCCCAUUAAACAGCCUAAUUUUAUACUAUAAACCAUCUAUGAAGCAGCUGGAGGCAACACUGAUGAGGCUGCCUGCAGUGUCUGCAGACCUGUCUCGUUUAUAUUUUUCUGAUUACCUAUAAGAUUUUUAAAAAUAUAACUAAUCUGACAUUUAACUUAUCAGUCUAUCUCUAAUUUUUACAUCACGCUGCUCUCGUACAGAAAUUUAUGAAGUCAGUAUUGAAACACUUGUCACAUGCAUCGUGCAUCAAGUCUAAUCAUUAUCAUUUUGUUGGUCCAGGCUGAUGUUGGGUCGUGGUGUGAAGCGGAAGUGGAGCUGCCUGGAGGAGCUGGAGGUGGAGACCCUCCCUGCUGCUGCUGCAGAGAAGGAGAAGAAUGAGGUGGAGGAGGAGGAGCAGAAGGACGAGGACGGGCUCCUCGCGAGUCCGUCCAAGUCUGACAUGAGCCACUUGCAGCAGCGUCAGCGGGUGCUCGGCCUCUGCCUGGAGAAGCUGCAGCGCUACCAGGCCGGCGUGGAGCUCAGCCUGCGCCGCUCGGUGCUGCUCAUCAACACGCUCAGGCAGAUCCAGGAGGACAUGCAGAGCGACGGAGUGGGAACCUGCGCGCCGGAGGUUCUCCUCAACGGCGUGCACUCUGAUUCCUGCAUUCUCAGGGAGGACAUGCCGGUUACGUGCCCCGGGUGUGCAGAGGGAGAUGGAGGUAAUUUAUCUCCGCCUCUGUCCCCUGAAUCCUCUUCUCAGGAGGCAACCAGCUCGCCAGACCAGCAGAAAUCCCUCCCUGCUGCUACAAUCAAUGCUUUUAGUGAUGCAGUCAACGCCAUGGGCUACCUCAGCGACCUCGCCCUGGACGACAUCUUCGAGGACAUUGACACAUCAAUGUAUGAGACUUCAGAUCUGCCUUCUGCCUGGGCAUCGAGCUCUCUCUGGCCUGUUAGUGUGUCGCUUUGGGCCGACGAGGACGUUAAAAUGCGCCCUCCCGGUCAUGCCUCGGCUGGGGGUCUCCAGUCGUGUUUGAUGGACCUGAAUGAGCUGGACCACAUCAUGGAGAUUCUGGUGAAGUCUUGAUUUCUGAGGUGAACUCCUGAACGUUUCAAUUGGUCCAGGAGUUGAUCACGGCUGCAGAGGAGCGUGUAGACCAGGAACAAGGACUGAUCUGAGUGUGAAUGGACUCAAAGUGAGUUUGGAUUUUGAAGGUUCCAUCAGAUAUUUCGGUUGUUUUGAGCUUCGGCGGGUUAAAGAAAACACUAACUCCUAUGCAAGUCAUUUUUAAGGAAACCUCAAGAUAUGUAUGAGCUUGUGCCUCUCAUUCAGAACUUAGUAUUUAUUAGAGCAGAAGAAGAAGAAGAAUCCAGUUUAAAACGAGAAAAGAUGCGCUUUUACACUGCCUUUGAUUGUUCAAACUCAGGUUGGUUAUCGGCCAAAUGUGAGGAUUUGAUAUCGGGAACAUUUAGCUGUUGUGUUCAGUGAAUUAUUGUUGACAUUCAACAAAGAAAACUGCAUUUUUAGACUUAGUAAAAGAGCGUUUUUGAACCCUGCGCAGCAGGAAAUGAAUCAGAUAGCUCUUCUGAGUAGUUGGUGAAUAAUGUGUUGUAAAAGUAGACGUGUCCAGACAAAGCCUUUACGCUAAAAGUUGAGUGUAAUUCAUGUAAGGGAAGAGUUGUAGCAGGCAGGACUGGGUGACAUUUAACAGUUUAAAAGAGUCUACAGUGUGUUUGAUCGAACUCUGAUGGAACCUUAAAUUUCCAAUCUCACUGCGAACACGCCACUUUUCCCUCCUGUUUCACGAAGUUUGGCUAAAGCUCUCUGAGUGAAUCACCCGCUCAGGAAGGAGGAACGUGAGCUGAGCGUCACUCAGGCUGGUAGAUCAGACCUGGGUUGAUUAUUAAUUAAAAUCUCUUCAAUUACUUAAGAGGGUGUGAUUCAGCCAGAGAGCCAAUCAUCCAGGAGGGCAAAGGCCCCGGCUUUACUUUCAUUACCGGGACUGAAUGGUUUUGUAGGAUAUUUAAAUUCGUAGCCGUCAUAAGGUGGAUGGUUUUAUAUAUUUAUUUGUCUUGUGGAAAGAAGAAGAAGAAUGUGGUCAAUCAUUUUGGGGAUUCACCAGCCAAAGAAUAAGCUUCAAAUCCUCAGAGCUGAAGGCCGACAGAAGCGUUAAAAAGCUGGUUGACAUCUCGUCCCCCUUGUUUUAUUUAUGAAUGAAAAACCCAACCACGAACUGCAGCAGAUUUCACUCGUUCUUUUCAAUGUACAGCGUUUUUGUUUGUUUGUUUGUUUGGGCGUGAGUGUAACUUAUACUUUAGGUUCUUCAUGAGGUUGAACUUUAAGCGCAUCAGCUGCCGUUUCUUACUGCUUUUUGCUGACUCUACUGCAUCGAUCUUUUGGGACAAACAGAUCAGAAGAAAAACACUCAUCCUUUCAUCCCUCUCGGCAGCUUGUAUUUACGAUUAAUGCAAUAUGUGAUGAAUGCAGCGUAAAAGAUGUUUUUAAAUCGUGUGUUAAGGACCCCCGUCUGGUUCUGACUGAGGAGCUGAUCGCCUCGAGUCACGGAUCAGGACGCUCGCCAUCAUGUCUCAGAAUUGUAAAUGAAACGGAAGCUUAUGUAUUUUUAUGGCCAUCCUGAUGGUAAGAAGUCAAACUGCAGUGUUUUUAAAGAGUUUGUACGUGUUUCUACCUGAAUCUCUCAUCACCUGUCCAGAGUGAAGGGCUGACGCUCCUUCACUGUCUGUGGUUUACUCCCGUUCUACCUCCUGAUGUCUGUUCUCAGUUUAGAUGGACGCUCUGUUUCACACAAAAGGACCGUCUGAUUCUGAUAGAAACGAUUUAGUGAAAUUCCAACGCUUUCCCUACAGACCAAAGCAAUCCGUCCGCAUCCCCAUCUCUCAUGUCGACAAUGUGCCUUACUACUGAACCUAGUUUUUAUCCAUGUUGAGGGUUUUGUGCUCAUUGAUAAAAAACAAAAAAACUUCAAACUGAGGCGAGAUGUUAUGUAAAGCAUUAAAACCCGGAACCGUCAUCUCUUCUUCCCUCUUCUUGGCCUUUUUUUUUCUGCGCUCAGAGAACACUAGUAGCAUAUGAGCUUAAUGUAUCGUGACAGGCUGACAGUGAACUAGCUGAGGGAGGAGGUGGCAGCAAGGGCCGGGAGGGAAAAAUAAGAGGAGGAGGAGGAGGAGGAGGAGGGGUGGGAGGAAGCAGCUUGCGUCACUUAGCUCAGUAGGAGGGGCUUAGAGCUUGUUUUGCCCGGACUCUGACCAUCGACCAAUCGCAGAGGAGUACGAGGAGCUAGAUUGAUGUAUGAGGAGCACACUGCUUCUCCAACAACAACUUGUUUUCCUCGCUCCUGAUGUCUCUGCACAGAAAAACAGUGUGAAUCUGAUGGAUUUCAGCCUGAAAACAAAUCCACUUUCCAGUUGUUGUAUUUUUUUGUUUUUGCCAUUGAAAUAAUCUUCCUGACAGGACUGAGAAAAACAAGCAGGAGGCUGCAGUGUUAUUUAUAAAUGUAUGAAAGCGUCAGUAUGGUUUGUGAAGCACAAGCUGUAUUGAGUAUGCUGUAAAUGAUAUAAAUGUAACUGAAGGAAGAGUUUACUAUGUAAUAAGAUGAAAAUUAAUGAUGUAUUGUAUUUUUUGUGGACUAUUUUAUAGAUUUUAUUCAAUAAUACGUUGAAAAAUACCCGUAUUUUUGUGUCUGAGUCUUUCUUCUCUUGAAUCAGGUCACAUUAUGCAACAUCUCCUCGACUUAAAUUGUUUGUAGAUUUUAAAAAACACCCAUUCGACACCAGAAUGAUGAAACCGAUCACACAGAAAUUGUCUCAGCAGUUUUCGGCAGACACUGUUGAACGUGCCUUCCUGCACAUCAUGCAUAAACAAUGAGGUAUUAGUCAAUACUGCAUGUGGUUCACCGACUGACUGUGUUUCUCCCCCUGAGUCGAACCUAACAGGCGGAACCUUCUCUUCAAUUUGACCUAAAUCACUUCUGUCUCACUGUGAUGGUUAACCCAAAUAUUAAAACAUCUUUUCUGAUGUUUUUAGAAAUGGCUAUCAUUCAAAAUCAUGCAGAAUAACCUGCUCCUGGACUGAAAAGAAGAUUAAUGUCUUUAUGCUUAACUAGACUUGAUAAAUAAAGAAGGAAAAAGAUUAGACAAGUAUAAGAAGAGUAUUUCCAAACCAUCCUGACUCCAAAUUUGAUAUCCAAUGCACACAAAAUCUAAAAAGUACAGAUAGUAACAGGCAGUGCAGGAGCCUGAGAAGACACACUCAGGGCAUAAUCUCCCUUCAUCUGUUUCCACACAUGGCCAAAGCUUCAUAUCACAGCCAAGACCGCCCUCUGCUGGUUCCCCCGCUGAAGAGCAGAUGUUUGCUGACCACAAGCAUGACACUGCAUAUUCAAAAAAUGUAUUUCUGUUCAGUUUGUUGGUGCUGUUGUGUUUUUUUCUCUCCUCAUAAACUUGAUCCUUGCACAAAAUCAGCGUCCACGCUCUGCAGAAUAAUAACUCCCACUCUCGCUUUAGGGCUGGAAACUUUCUCUGUGGUUGAAAGUAUUGAGCGAGGAGUCUAAUCUCACGUUUCAGCCUCACUUGUGCAGAGCUGCAGGUCAAUACUGUGGUGGAAAGUAUGUUCAGAAGCUGCAGCACCACAACUGGAGUGAACAACCAAACUUGCACGAGUCCAAAGCAGCCGUUAUCAAAUCACUCGUGUGCACAAGACAGCAGUAUUCGAGAGCUGUAUGAUGUACUGUGCGGGAGUUCAGACUCAGUAAAUGUAGUCAAACUUACAUAGAAAAGUCCUUAUCUAGGGUAAACACUUUCUAAUGAGAAUAAUCAAUUCAAUUACAUUUCCUCAAAGUCAGACUUGUGUUCCCAGUUUCCUUGAAUUACCUCCAAUCUCUGCCAAUCUCACUAAAACAACAACAAGUGAGUUCCCACAUGGCUGCCUGGAGUGAAAUCUUUAAAUCGUGGCACCAUGGAGCUCCAACUUCAUGUUCUCUUUCUGUAGUUUGUUUGUUUGUUUUCAUGUGACUUCUGUGUUUUUUUUUAUGCCUUUAUAACGAAACAGAGUAAAUCAUUGAAUGGCUUAAACAAUCAUGGUAUAACUAAAAAGCACGUGUGUGUUGUUUUUUUUCCUGAGAGUGAUCUGACAGAGACAGAGGGGGGAAACAGAAGUGGAGUUCCGGUAGAUGUUGUUGUUGAAAGAGGCUCUGGAGCUGGAGCUGGAAUUCAGGGAGUGGUCAAACACACGAGGAGGAGCAACACGUGAGCAGCUGCACAAAACCACUGCUAAUGCAACCAAUAAGACAUGUGAACAAGGGCUCAUCUGACUGCCCCACCAUACCUUUACUAUCUAUCUAUCUAUCCAUGUGUCAAUCUCUGCUUCUGUGCAUUCAGGUGGUCCAGUAAACACACCUGUGUGUGCACAAGCUGCACUUUGAUCAUAAUUUGCUGUUUAAUUAAUUAAUGAUCUAUAGCUGCUUUAAGUCCACCUUUGAGGCCGUUUUUCACCACAGUAGGGGACAAGUCAAAUAGUUAUUGUGUAGGACAGAGAGGAAGCAGAGUUCUCGUGCACAGUAAUGCAAACAGCUCAACUGUAAAGUCACCAGUGUUCACGUCACAUGGUAUGUAUAUAGAGAGAAAUAAAGCAACUGCAGUGUGGCUUUGAAGAGAUUAAUGUUGAUGAAAACCCCAAUUAUCUACGGUAUAUAUCUAACUACAUAUCUAAGUAUUUACCUAAGUAUCUGUGUCUUCAUCUAUAUACCAAGAUAAGCUUUUAUCUCAUUUCUAAACAUCAAUUAAAGGUUUUUAAGUAUCUAUUCAUUCAUACUGUAUAUAGAUCCUUAAAGCUCCUCUGAGGAACUUUUUACAGAGAUGAUAAUGUACAAAAAAUGAGCCUAUUAAUGUAGAGAUUUCUUUUCAAGAUAUUUAGCUGCUGUGAGGAACUUCCAUUUUGUCCACAGGGGGCGCCAAAGUCAACAGACAUAAAGUUCCUCACAGGAGCUUUAAAUGAGGUAUUCAUAAGAGUAACCGCAAGUAUCUAAGUAGGCGUCUCAGUAGAAGUAUCUAAGCAUUCAUCUAAAAAUCAGCAUAUGGAGCUGAACAUGGGACACUCAAGACCUCGUGAAGUAUCUAUCGAAGAAGCCACUUGGCACCAAUCAAGAUGUCUAAUUACACUUAACCGAUCUGUUGUGGUGAAGAAAGAGCUGAGCCAUAGGGCAAGACUCUUGAUUUACCGGUCGAUCUACGUGCAGAUCCUCACCUAUGGUCAUGAACUUUGGGUAAUGACCAAAAGAACAAGAUCGCCGAUACAAGCGACCGAAAUGGGUUUCCUUCGCAGGGUGGCGCUCAGAGUAGAACCGCUGCUCCUCCACGUCGAGAGGAGUCAGCUGAGGUGCCUCGGGCAUCUGGUUAUUCUGGACGCCUCCCGUUAGAGGUGUUCCAGACAUGUCCCACUGGGAGGAGACCUCGUGGCCGGCCCAGGACCAGGUGGAGGGAUUAUAUCUCUCGCCUGGCCUGGGAGCACCUGGGAAUCCCCCCAAAGGAGGAGGAGCUGGUGGAAGUGGCCGGGGUGAGGGCCGUCUGGGCUUCCCUCCUGAAGCUGCUGCCCC